AUGCGUCUGGUCAGCAUAUUCGCUUGGAUCGUCGCUUUUCUGCUGUUCUGUUAUGCUAUGGUAUUAUUUUUCAAUAUGCAAUUUGCUUCACAUCCGGAAGCUAACAUAUGUAGCGAAUCGUGCAGGGUUGAAUACGUUGAGAGCAUCCCCACUGGGUUGAACUUUACUGGAGGCCCGAUUCACCGACCCACACAUCAAGCUUGGCAGGACUUGUUCAACACUGCCAACAAAUCUAUCCACAUUGCUGCCCUGUACUGGAAUUUGAACUCAUCGGAGUAUCCUACAGCGGAAUAUGGACGACAGGUCUUUUCUGACCUCGUGGACGCUGGACGGAGAGGAGUUGAUAUUCGGAUUGCUCAAGACGUCAGUAAAGGUCUGUCAGACAAUCAUGAUUCCCAAUGGCUUGCUGAUCAAGGACUAGCUAAGGUCCGCACGUUAGAUUUUAAAAAGUUGAUGGGCUCAGGUGUUCUGCACACAAAGUUUAUCAUAGUGGAUCUUACCCAUGUCUAUAUAGGUUCAGCAAAUAUGGAUUGGAAGUCACUGGCGGAGGUGAAAGAGUUAGGUUUAUACAUCCAGGAUUGUCCAUGUUUGGCUGCUGAUUUGAACCGAAUUUUUGCUGUGUACUGGCAUCUUGGGCAGAAGGACGCUAAAAUUCCUCAUCAAUGGCCGUCUUCUUUCGAAACAUCUUACAAUAUCAAGUCGCCUAUGAAAUUCAACUGGAGCACAGUGGGACAGAUGUUUUCAUAUCCAGUUCGCCGGCACCAUUCAAUCCAAGUUGGUCGUGAACAUGACUUAGAAACGAUUAUCACGUUGAUUUCGUCUGCUCAUCGCAGCGUCUGUGUAGCUGUUAUGGAUCUUAUUCCCCAAACGUUGUACAUGGGAACUACUGGCCCGAUAUCGAUGAUGCACUUCCGCUCAGCGGCUUUCCGAGGUGUAGAUGUGAAGCUUCUUGUCAGCCAAUGGAAGUCACUCUCGUCCUGCCGAGCUGGCCUUUCUCAGAAGCCUAGUCGCCAUCAACGAUGGGCUCCCGAAGACAUUACGGGGCAAAGGAAGUAUCACAGUGAAACUAUUCACUGUACCGUCGACGGAGGAGCAACAAAAAAUACCGUUUGCACGUGUAAAUCACAACAAGUACAUGGUCACCGAUCGGGCAGCGUAUGUUGGUGA